UUUCCGUUUCCACCUCCUCCCAGCCUCACGCCCCCAGCACAGGCACGGUUUUUUGUCUUUUUUUUUUUUUUUCAUUUAGCCCCAACACCGUCGUUGUAGUUUAACUUGAAGCCUUCAGCAGUUUGGGGAGUGUUAAAUCUUCCAACAAUGGGGGACAUCGAGGCGCCCGACUCCAGCCAGCCGCGCCAAUCCGUCCUGAUGUCGGUUCUUCCAAGCAAAGAGUUUGCUACUUCAAGGAAAGGAAUGCUGCUGAUUGCUGAAGGGGCGCUUUCCUUCAUAUCCUUCGUGUGUUUUGCUGCAUCAGCAGCAGCAGCCUUUGUGACAGUCCCCCUGCUGGCAUUCCUGGCUUCUGUCUUCUUCUUGUUUGCCUAUUCUACCAAAUUCAAUGAGAGGUUCAAGGGCUUCUGCUUUCCUCUGAUGGACUUCAUUAGGUGUGUGACAUCCUCCAUCAUCUUUUUCAUCAUCUCCAUAAUGGCAGUGUCCAAAUAUCCAGAUGGUUCCUCUAAAGCUGCAGGGAUCUUUGGGUUUAUCGCCACUGUUGUUUUCGCUUUAGACUUUUAUGUCAUUUUCAAUGAGCUUGCUGGAUUUCUGAAGCAAAGAGGGGAGUCAAAUGAAGAGCCUGCAGGACAGAGAGAUGACUUCUCAGAUUCAGACUCAGAUUGAAGCUCAUAAGCAGAUGUGUUCAAAAGAACGUGACAACUGCGCUGAGAAGCCACUAUGAAGGCCAGCAGGAAUUUCAUCAUUUCACAAUGUUUCAUUGGUACAUGAAAAGCAUAAAUCCUGACAGGAUUGUAGGAGCUGGUUACCAGUAACAUGCUUUUAUCUGAAGCUGUGGGUCUGGAAACCAUUUCUUUGUAACACAUUUCUCACAGUGCUGUAAACUGGUGUUGCAUUUCUACACUUAUUAUCUCUGCAUUUGGUUUACAAAAUAAUGCAAGUAGUGACCUGUUCUGUUUUAUUCCCAAACCUGUACUUUGCUACUAAUCCAUGCUUGCUUUAGGGAAGCAUUCGAUUCAUUCACACCAUCUAAUGCCUUAUAAAGCCGUAAAAUGGUGCUUUGUUGAGUUUCUGAAACUAUUUCUACGGUUAAAACACAAGAAGGAUACACCACAAACAUUGAUUUUUGGGAAAUUUUUGCUUUGAGAUGCAGAAGUGUGCAAAUGUUCUGAGCCAAUCCUGAUUUUUCUUUAUGUUUUGCUUUGUGCGGUGGAGACUUUGCAGCAAUUUGGUAAACCUGGUUAAUAUUUUUGCAGUAAAAUCUAAAAGAGAAAGACUGGGGGAAAAAAAUCAUAGUUACAGGGUUAACAAUAAAACCCUUUAUGUUUGGUUGGCUGGUGACAACUAUCAUAUUGUGUAUGUACGGUAGUUUUUUUCCUAUUAUUUGAGUUCAACAUGAGCCUGUCUUUUGUCAUGUCAAUAUUUGUUUGCAUGUUCCUAAUUCGUUAUUUUUUUAUGUAAUCAGAAGAAAGAUGCUCCUAGGAAAGAUGUCCUGCCCCUCUAAAAAAAUAUUCACCCAUACCCUUUGAAUUGCUUUUGCAAAUCAAACAUGAUCAACAAAAUGUUGAUUUUCAAAAGAAAUAUGUACGAAUUAAACAAUUUAAUGUCAAAUUAAUGUCAAAAACUAAUUCUGACAAAAUAAUAAUUAAAUAAAUAUAUUUAGGAUAAAACAAGUGGUUUCAUAAAUAUUUACUCCCUUUAAUGUGACUGACCUAAUUCAGCAGAUAGGAGAGACUCUGCCUACAACAAUUGUUGCCCGGGUUCUUCGUCAGUCAGAGUUUUAAGGGAGAAUGGCAAUGAGAAAGCCACUUUUGAAGAAAUCGCCUAACAAGGCUCAACUAGAGUUUGCCAAAAGGCAAACAGGAGACUCCAUGCUCAAGUGGAAGAAUGUUCUUUGGUCAUUUUGGUCAUCAGACAAGAUUGAAGGGGGUGAAUAAUCAUGAAAUUAUUUCAUGUUGAAUGUUUUUUAGUCUAAUUAUUGUUAUUUUGUAUAACUACAUUUUCAAUUUGACAUUAACGGCCUUUAUUGUAACAAAAUGUUGCCAAAAAGCAACAUUUUGUUGAUCAUGAGUGAUCUGUGAAAGCGUUAGAAAUGGUAAAGCAUCCAAGGGGGUGAAUACAUUUCAUGGGCACUGUGUGUACAGUACAUGUGUGCAUACACACAGCGGAUCAGCUGAUCCAGUUUCAGCUAAUCUGCUACUUCUGCCUUUUAGAGCCGGAAAGGCAGAAGUUGCAGAUACGUUGAAAUAUCACCCAUGUGAGUAAUCAAGUUUCUUAGACAUGUUUUGUUUCUUGUACACUUUGUUAAAAUGUCUCUGUGUGUCCGAUUCUAAAGUCUGUAGAGCAACCAUGGAGAAAACAGUGAGAUACACUAGAGUGCCUUAGUGACUGUUUUGUGUGAUAUAAACUGCACUACAACCUUGUUCCAGCUCUGAUGAUGGAAAAUAUGUUGCUGAUUUUGUUUGUCUGUCCGUUUGUAUUUUAUACUGAUUUAUGCUUGAAAGAUAUUGAAAGAUUUCUACCAAACUUGCUUUUAACAGCAGUUUUUUUUCAUGACAAGAUUAUAGAUAUUAAAAGCUUUUAAUGAAUUUCAACUGAUUUCUGUACUCUUAAGAUGAGAGAAAAUUACUUUUUUCAGUAAUAGCAUAGUUUUAUUGCUUUCACAAACUGUUGAAUAUCAACUCUUUUGUCUGUAAUGUUGUUUUUAGGCAAACUCUUCUGAAUAAAAGGUUCUCUUUCAA